AUGUUGGUGCAAUUCCUUCUUCAAACAACUUUGCAAGAACCAUGUCAAAAGAGACUAUAAGUUAUCGACAUUAUUUUUGCUACAGUACAAACAAUCACGACUGUGUAAUUAAUUUCAAAACAUAUUGUAAAGUAUGUCUGGUCUUGUAAUCAAGUUAGCAGUUAUUGGAGGAAAGAAUUCUGGAAAGUCAGCGCUCGCUGUGAGAUUUCUAACACGCAGAUUUAUUGGAGAAUACGAUUCUAAUUCAGACGUUUGCAUCAAACGCAACAUAAAAUUGGCAGGGAUAUCUGUUGAAUUGCAUAUAAAGGAUACCGCGGGUUCUGUUUGGCUCAAAGGCCCUGCUGCUUUGAUAGGAUGGUCUUCAGUCAUAGUUAUUGUUUACUCAGUAACUGAUACUCGAAGUUUUAGUUUGGCAAAGUACAUUCUUAAUAAAAUUAAUAUAUGCAAAAAAAUAGACAAAUCUUCAAUUUUAUUGCUUGGUAAUAAAAAUGAUUUGGCUCAUCUAAGAGAGAUAUCGCUUAAUCAAGGAAUGAAGUUAGCUCAAAAAAACGGAACUCAUUUUGCAGAAACGUCUGCUGCAAAUGAUUACGAAAGUGUAGACAAAGCUUUUAAAAAGCUUUUAUUUAUGAAAGUACUUGCGGUUUCAAAAAUACAGACUAUAGAGCCUGUAGCGUUUACACGGAAACUUUCGCUAAAUGGUAGCAAUUUAUCUAAAAAAAAAAAAUCAAAAUGUCUUCGAAGAAUCUCAGUAAGCUCUAAUUGUCCGUCACAAGAAUCAAUAUCAUCUUUAUCGGACAAUGAAAUAUUUGAAGUUAUAAAGACGCUAAAUAAAACUUCGUUGUGCAAGCAAAACGAAUUGAUUAGCGUAAAAAGCAAAAAAGUAAAAUAAUUCCAAUAUUGAGAGUGGGAGAAUUGAUUUCUCACAAAUUGUAAAUAUAUAAUUGUAAAUAUAGAUAAAAAUUAAUUUGUUUA